AUGCCGUCUAAUAAGCGCAUGAGUCCACCAGAAAGCGCUGACACAGCCUGCUCCCAGCAUGAGACGCAUACAUUCAACAAUUCUGCACAUCAGCCUUCCCCUGCCUGGCUAGCCCAGCAAGGUGUCAAAGUACGCGAUUUUGCGUAUGAGAAUCCACUGUCGCCCAUUGCCCCUGUGCCACGACUUCCACGUCAAAUACAACCAGCGCCCAAUGGGCUGAAACGACGUCGAAGCUCACAGGAGGAUGCUGAAGCCGAGAAUUCAGCACACGCCUCGUCUCCACGCCGUCGAAGGUUGUCAAACGCGAAGGUUUCUUCAUCUGUCAAAAAGCCAACGUCAUUGGAACGCAAGAAGACAGAGCCUUUAGAAGAAGAAGAAGACUCAUCACCUAAUCCAUCGCCAAGUUUACACGCUACUCACUCCAGUCGACUGCACGUGCGAGGUCGAAGACUUAAUCUCGUCCGUCAACCAACUGAGCCUCUCAUAAGAGAGACUCCUGGUUUCCCGACGACGCCGCUCAUGCCAGCGUUCAUCCCACAGUCCCAGGCUUCAGACUGGGUGGACACACCUCUCAUCACACCAGAGGCAUCGAUGGAACUUGAUGUAGAGGAUGCUAGCUGCAUACCCGCGUCUCAGCUCGACAUGGAGUCACAAGCUCCUAUAAUGGAUGCUUAUUCAUACUCCCAACUUGGGAUGUCUCCAGGUUUUUCACAGCCUGUUGAUUCGCCAGUGCAGCGCACAGGAUCGCCUUUCCACCCCUCCAAUGCAUCACCACCCUCGCCUUCACAGUCUCUAGAAACGCCCAACAGUUCACCACUUUCAAUGUCUCGAAGAUCUACAUUCCAGGCUUCCAUCCGGUUGCCCGAGAGGCCACCAAUAGACAUCAGGUCUUCGAAUGCUGUAUCUCCCCCGUAUAUUCUCCGACGUCGGUCGCUCCUGUCGACAAUGAUACCCAUCGCCCGUUCACGCUAUCCACAACCUCAUAUUAUUAAAUCAGCAUUUCUUAAGGAAGGCGCUUCUUCCGACACUUCUUCCCGGUCACGGCGGAUACGCCGAUCUACGGCUCAAGGCAUAAAGGCCUCCAUUAUUAGGUGA